CACUCCUAUUCUUCAGUGAAAAUCCAAUUGGCAGAAACCACAGAAAUUUGAAAUUGAGACUACGAUAUAAAACGAACCCUAACUCCUUCUUCAUCUCUCUAUCUAUCUUCCUCUUCAAGCAACAUUUCCACACUGUUAUCACAGCCAUCCCCACCCGCCUUCCUCCCAUGGACGGGCGACGCGCCUCGCGGGCCUCUGCGGCCGACCCCAAAGUGAGGCGCAUCGGCUUCUUCGCCCCGCAGUCCGAACCCGACCCGACGCCGCCGCCUCCAAACUUCGUCUCGGUUCCUCCGCUGCGUCAUCUCUCCGCUGCCGUGCCCGUCCCCGACACCGGGAUUCGGCGCCAGUUGUCCGGCGACCUCGUGCCAAUUGGAAGCUACAACCCCGCCGAGUCGCUGCUCGGGACCUCGCCGGCGGCGUCUUCGCUCUCUUCAAGCAUAGUUGGCGUCGGCGACAAGGAGUUCUCCGAAGACUCUUCCGCCGCCGGCUGGUACCGUCGCGGCGACUCGGAUUUUACCGGCGUAGGGUUUGACUUGCCGGUAGUGAAGCCUCCUGGAAAUUCGCCGGCGGUGAAUGCGAAAAACGUUGCCGGAGAAAAGAGGGAAGAGUCUGGCAAAGAAGUACACCCUGAUCUGCCAUCAAUUUCAAAGCCACUGAAAGAAAAAAAUACAAAGGGUGAGAGACGAGCAUUGCAGGAGGCACAAAGAGCUGCAAAAGCUGCUUCUAAAGCUGAUGGAAACACAACAGUUGCUGAAACUAGGAGGGCAGCCCCCAGUAAAAGAAUGUGGCAGUCUUCACAAAAGAAAGAUGGUCCUCUUGUUAUGUCACCAGUGGCUACUGACAAGAAAUCAGGAGAUCGUCCUUUGGAGAAAGAGAGGAAAAAAGAUGCUCCUCCUCCACGAAUGCAAUUUGAUGAUAAAAACAGAGUGGAAAAGGCCAAAAGGCGUGCUGUAGUUGAUCAGAAUGAAGCUAGAAACAGAGUUGAAUUAUUUCGCCAUUUGCCUCAAUAUGAAUGUUGGACUCAGCUUCCUAAACUUGAAUCAAAGUUUUUCCAACUGGAUUCAGUGCAUCCUGCUGUGUUCAAGGUUGGAAUGCGUUAUUUGGCAGGAGAUAUAUCUGGGAGUAAUGCCCGAUGUAUUGAAAUGCUUAGAGCAUUUCAGGAAGCCAUUAUAGACUACUCCACACCGCCUGGGAAAGUCCUUGUCAGGGAUUUAACUGCAAAAAUCAGUAGUUAUGUUUCAUUUUUUAGUGAAUGCAGACCACUUUCUAUUAGCAUGGGAAAUGCAAUUAGGUUUGUAAAGAGUUGUGUUGCCAAGUUGCCUUUAAGUCAUACUGAAUCUGAAGCAAAAGCAGCUCUUUGUUCAGAUAUUAAUCAAUUCAUCAACGAAAAAAUAAUUCUUGCUGAUAAGGUGAUUGUUGGACAUGCUGCUUCGAAAGUUAGGGAUGGAGACGUUCUUCUUACAUAUGGAUCAUCAUGUGUUGUUGAGAUGAUUCUUUUAUAUGCCCAUGAUCUUGGGAAACAGUUCCGUGUUGUGGUGGUAGACUCACGACCAAAGUUUGAAAGCCGGGCCUUACUUCGUAGACUGGUGGCUAGGGGCCUGAGUUGUACAUAUACCCAUAUAAAUGCUGUUUCUUAUGUCAUGCAUGAGGUCACACGAGUUUUUCUUGGAGCAUCUUCCAUUCUGUGUAAUGGAACUGCAUAUGCAAAGGUUGGGACUGCAUGUGUUGCAAUGGUAGCUCAUACAUUUCGUGUUCCUGUAUUGAUCUGUUGUGAAGCUUAUAAGUUUCAUGAAAGGGUGCAACUUGAUUCAAUAUGUUCUAAUGAACUAGGUGACCCAGAUGCUGUUGCCGUGGUUCCUGGAAGAAUGGAUGUCAAUUAUCUGGACAAUUGGACUAAUCAAGACAAUUUGCAGCUUCUGAAUUUGUUCUAUGAUGCUACUCCUUCAGAUUAUGUAUCGGCCAUUGUUACAGACCAUGGAAUGAUCCCUCCUACAAGUGUGGCCGUAAUUGUGCGCGAGUAUGGACGAGAGCACUUGAUCUAGAGAUGCAGAGAAGUCAGCAAGUGGUUUUAACAGCCCACAACCGAUUUUGAUAAAUGGAAUUUUACUGUAUAGUUUUAUCCCUCAACGAUUAUGGAGAUGCAUGUUCUUUCAAUUGUUCCAUUUUUUUAAUACUCGAUAGUCUUCUGUAACACUUUGUUUGGAUACAAGUUACAAUUAGGAAGUAAAGAAAUAGAGAUGAAAGAAAUAGAAAUGAAUUUUGAAUGGAAAUGUGUGCUGUUUUGAUU